UGGAGGAUGGGAAAAGAAUGGAGCUGUCACAGCUACUCAAUGAGAUCAGGGCAAACUAUGAAAAGCUCCUCACCAGAAAUCAGAUAGAGACCGUGCUCUCAACAAGAAUCCAGGUAAUGAUUUCAUACAGGCAGGCACCUUCCAGGAUAAGGAGACAAUCCAUGUCUAUCCAAUUCCUGUCCCGGCCUCUCUGAGCUAGAAGAAGAUAUAAGCAAAAAAAUGGACAAAGAUGAAGAGGCCUUAAAAGCAGCUCAAGCAGAACUCAAGGAAGCUCGGCGCCAGUGGCACCACCUGCAAGUGGAAAUUGAAUCUCUCCAUGCUGUGGAAAGAGGCCUUGAAAACUCUCUCCAUGCCAGUGAGCAACAUUACCAGAUGCGGCUGCAAGACCUAGAGGCCGUGAUUGAAGGACUAGAAAAAGAGCUACAGGAAGUAAGGUGUGGCAUCGAAAAGCAGCUUCAAGAACAUGAGAUGCUUCUCAAUACGAAGAUGAGGCUAGAACAAGAAAUAACAACUUAUCGCCAGCUCCUAGAAAAGGAAGAAAUCAGAUAUUAUGGUUCUAUCCAAGGAGGGAAAAAAGAACGAAAACCUACUACGAGUAGAGUUGGCUUUGUUUUACCUUCAGCCAUUAUCAAUGAAAUAUCUUUUUCAACAAGACUCCCACAAAAGUUUGAGGAUGAAAAAGUGGAAACAGUGACCAAACAGGCAAUAUUAAAUGGAAAUGUGAAGGAGAGUACUGAGGCUCAUGGCACUAUUCAGACAGAGAAAGUGGAUGAAGUUAUUAAAGAAUGGGAAGGUUCCUUCUUUAAAGAUAACCCUCGAUUAAGGAAAAAAUCCGUUUCUCUUCGAUUUGAUCUUCAUUUAGCAGCUACCGAUGAAGGGUGUUUACAGACUAAGCAGGACAACCUACCAGAUAUAGAAGUCAGGCUUAUCAUGAGAAGGUCGUGCAGUAUCCCCUCAAUCAAACAUCCAUCAGCAGGUAAUUAAUCCAAAGGCAGUACUUGACUUGAUUUGAAAACCCAUGAUAUUAGGCUGGAUCCAGGUGGGACAUGCUAACCGUCACCUGUCCCAAAAUGUAAGUUAUUAAGUACAUUAUGUUAUAAUUAAUGUAUGACUCACUUGAAUGGAAAGAAGAAAAGUAAGGGACAAUACUUCGAUGAAUCUAAUUAUGGCUAUAUUUUUGAAGAGGGAAGAGCUCCAAAAUAAAAUCAGAAAUUAA